UUUAUGGACACAAUUUCUAGGUGCAGCUGGGUGGUGGAGGUUGUCGAGUUUGGUGAUCAGAGGAUCUCGGCUCUGCUUUUUACCGAUGAUGUGGUCCUCUUAGCUUCAUCAAACUGCUACCUCCAGCUCUUGCUGGGGUGGUUCGCAGCCGAGUAUGAAGCAGCUGGGAUGAAGAUCAGCACCUCCAAGGCCAUGGUUCUCAGUCGGAAAAGGGUGGAUUGCUCACUCCGGGUCGGGGAGGAAGUCCUGCCUCGAGUGGAGGAGUUCAAGUACCUCAGGAUCUUUUUCACGAGUGAGGGUAGAAUGGAGCAGGAGAUCGACAGACGGAUCGGAGCGGCAUCUGCAGUGUUGCGAGUGCUUAACCAGUCCGUUGUGGUGAAGAGAGAGUUAAGCAGAAAGGCGAAGCUCUCAAUUUACCGGGCGAUCUAUGUUCCAACCCUCACCUAUGGCCAUCAGCUUUGGGUGAUGACCGAAAGAACAAGAUCGCAGAUACAAGCAGCUGAAAUGAGUUUCCUCCGUAGGGUGUCUGGGCUCAGCCUCAGAAAUAAGUCUGACAGGCCUACCGAAGGCCUGCGCAUGGGUGUUGUGGGCACCUCCCACAGUGCGUCUACACCUUGA